UUUGAUUUGAGUUCCUUCCUAAAAAUUGAAGAUAAAAAUAAUUAUGCACAAUUAAUGCAAUUACUCAAAACAUUGAUGAUGGGUGAGAAAGAUUCUUAUGGAAAAAUGCUAAAGAAUCCUUUUUGCUUAAAUUUUUUUCCCAACUAAAAAAAUCCUUCCACGGAAAAAGUUUAUUACAUAUAUAAUCCCAUGUUUUCUUUGUCUUUAUUUCCCUCGUAAACAUAUAUUUUUAUUAAUUUUUGUUCCUCCUAAAUCGUACAUCAGUCUUUCUUCCUCUCUAGCGAAAUCGAAAGAUGGUUCUCAAUUUCGACCUCAAUUUUCCACCGCAUGAUGAGGAUUCGUUGGGAAUAAACAAUUCCCUGAAUGUUGAUACGACUUUGAAGCUUGGACUUCCUUGCGUGCAAGUGAGGACAUCUUUUGAGCCCGAUGAUGAUGAUGUAAUACUUUGCUCUCCUAGGAGCUUCGCCGAGGCUGUUAAUAAGUCCAGAAGGAACCGUAUUGUAAUAGAAGUUGUUGAUGAUGAAUCUGAAUUUCUGGGAGCCGCUUCAGCAAGGCGGCCUGGUAAUGGUAACAGGCGGCCAAGAAUGUCUACAAAACAAAGAGGUGGUGGUGUUAAUACCGGCGUGCACUGGGAGGACCAAGAUUUAGUGGAGUUAUCCCAGCCUGUGCCACAGCAAAAAGCAGCCACAUUUAGUUGCCCAGUUUGCAUGGAACCAGUUGUUGAAGAAACAUCGACCAAGUGUGGCCACAUCUUCUGUAAAAAAUGUAUUACUGCUGCAAUAGAAAUUCAGCACAAAUGUCCUACCUGUAGGCGUAAGCUUAAAGCGAAAGAUGUUUUCAGGAUCUACCUUCCUAAUACUCAAUAAUUACUAUAUGCCCAUGGUUCCGAAUUCUGAUAUCUCUUAAGGUAAAAUUCAACUCAUGAAGUGACCAAUUCUUCAUUUCUGAGCCAGCAUUACAUCUUCUUGGCAGGUUGAUAUUUCUUCAACGGUUUCCAUGGGCAUUUCACCGUUUGAACUCUGAACUUCGUUUUGCUUAUCUUUAUGCGGAGGCCUUUCAUGAAAGAUUUGCUCUCCCCUCCGCUCUGAGACGUGGUGGUUAUUGGCUGAUGGUUCAUUUUGACUGCAGAACCAUAUGAAAUCAGCUUUUAGUUUUAUGUUUCCAGUAUUACUCUCUCUAGAAAUUUGUCUGUUGAAUGAUUUGGACAAAGUUUUUAAUGGAUGAGGAUCCUUUGCAAUGAUUGAUGCUAAUACUUCGUUUUGGUCA